ACGAAGGGGGCGUCAACUCACGGGGCAAUAAAACAAACAAACAAACAAACAAGCAAAACAACUUUAAUUUCACCUAGCAUUUGCGAGCAGAGCAGCCACGGUGUCGGAUCUUUUGCUUCUUUAAUUCACGUCUGAGUUGAACGCUGACUCGCACACUAAAUGGCCAGCCCUGGUUCGGAUGCUAGACGGCAGCUCCAUCCGCAACAUCCACACAGCGAGGCCGCCGCCGAACCGGCCGUGCGAGAGGCCCGGAAAUGGAUAGAGGCAGUCACUGGCAGAAGUACUGGGGAUGAUUUCAGAGGCAGCCUGGACAACGGAAUCCUUUUGUGCGAGUUGCUCAGUUCAAUUAAGCCUGGCCUUGUGAAGAAGAUCAACAGGUUGCCUACUCCCCUAGCCGGGCAGGACAAUUUGGCGCUCUUCCUGAAAGGUUGUGAGGAGUUGGGAUUGAAAGGCUCUCAACUGUUCGACCCAGGAGAUCUACAGGACACACGCAGCACCCGAGGUGCAGACAAGAGGCAAAAAAAUGUUUUGAUCACGAUCUAUUGGCUGGGCCGGGCAGCCAAUAGCAGCGCCACGUAUAACGGGCCCACUCUGGAUGUACGUGAGUUUGAGGGGCUGCUCUCACAGAUGCGAAAGGAGGUAGAGGUUUGGGACAGCCCAAAGCGCAGCAUUAGGGACAGCGGUUAUAUCGAUUGCUGGGAGUCGGAGAGAAGUGACUCUCUGUCGCCGCCAAGGCACGCGCGAGACGACUCCUUCGACAGUCUGGACUCCAUCGGAUCCCGCUCGCGCCACACGCCCUCUCCGGAUGGCCUUUUUGCCCGCGGCUCCAGCGAUGGCCGUGGCAGCGACUCGGAGUGCGACAUCCCUUACAGGAAGUUACCGGAUAUGCGGCGGGACGACAUGCUGGCACGGCGAACAUCAUGCAGUGAGCCACGUACUGCAGUGCCCUUUAAUCAGUACCUCCCUAACAAGAGCAACCAGACAAAUUAUGUGCCCAUCCCUUUACGUAGACAGCGCACAGAGCGUUCCGAGGACAGCUGCAAGAGCUGGAGCAGUACCACCUCACCCGUAGGAGGAGAGAGACCUUUCAGAUUUGGCCGCAGCGAUAGUGUAUUUGAUGACCCCGAGAGUAUGAGUAUGAUUGAUGUGAGGACUGAGGAAGAUGGCCUGCUGUCACCUCACAGUCAGGUCCGACAUGGGCUAAUGCACAGCCAGUAUAACAGGAUGAGGGAGGAGGACGGCCAGUGGCAAGACGACCUGGCACGGUGGAAGAGUCGCAGGAGAAGUGUGUCUCAAGACCUGAUAAAGAAAGAGGAAGAGAGGAAGAUGAUGGAAAGACUCUUAAGUCGAGAUGAAGGCUCACCGAGGCAGAAAAAUUUCAAGACUUACAGGGAAAUAGUGGAAAACAAGGAGCGGCGUGAGAGAGAACUCCAUGAGGCUUACCUAAAAGCUAAAACCCCAGAAGAAGCAGCUGCUGUAAUUCAGCGCUAUGCCCAACGCUUCACUAUCAGCGAUGCUGUCCUGGAGCGCCUCAAACUACCCCGAGUUCUUGAGCGCAGUAUCUCUGCUGACCCCGGGCGCUCCUUAUCUUUCCUAAAAGACCCUGAAUUUACUUCUUCUUUCUCUGCAUCAUCCAGUCCAAUGCAGUACCUACGUCAACAAUCCCUGCCCGCACAAAAGUUUACCACCACUGUGGAGGCUUUGGUGACGGGAUAUGGAGCAGAGCAUGUGGCUGUGGGGAAGGAAAAAGAAGAUUCGGGGAAAGCUUGUUCAAGCAGGAGCAUCCCAUUACUCAAAGCCAAACCACACAGACAUGACAGGGGAGCCAAGUGUGAUGAAAUGGAGCGAGUUAAUGGAGAAACGGACAACCACCACAAUGCUGGAGACAAGCGAGAAUGGGGCAUUCAAGGAGAAAGAGAAGAUGAAGGUGAAAAAGAGCACGCAGGAGAUUCAUCUCCUUUGCUGUUUUAUCCGUUUACUUCACAGAACGUUGACUCAGACAUUACAAAAAUAGAGGCAUCAGACUCUCCAUCCUCUGACAAACAAGCAGCCUCGUGUUCCCCGACACACACUCUGGAGUUAGACGCAACAGACUUCGAGUCAGUAGAGAAGCAUAGCAUGAUGCCAGGACCUGAGAGACUGGAGGAAGUUGACACACCGAAAGAAGAAACACGUAGCCAACUCACCUUGUUGCUUAUGCAGUCCCAGCCUAAAGAAGAGCCUGUUCCACAGGCUGGAAGCAUAUCUCCUACCCAAAAACAAAAGGAGUGCCAAGCAGAAGAGAAUAAAAGGUGUCCAGAAGAGCAUCCAGUGGAGCAAAGUGACUCUAUAGCAGUCACUCAGACUGAACAAGACACACAUCCCUUAUCUCACAUAAACCUUACUGAUAACCAGGUCAGUAAACCAGUCCAGGAACCCUCGGAGAAAACUGCCACCCCACCAGCCCCGUCCAGUCUAGAUAAUGAUACACACAAAUUAGUUCCUGGACUUCCUAUAACAGAACCUCUUGAGAAACAACAUGGAUAUGUCGCUCCGACGGUUUUGAAUCUGGUGAAGCGGGGUGAGCACUUUUCAUGGGAUCCUGAGGAAGAGCGCAAACGACAAGAAAAGUGGCAGCAAGAGCAGGAACGCAUGCUUCAGGAGAAGUACCAGCGUGAGCAACAGAGGCUGAAGCAGGAAUGGGAGAGAGCCCAGAAGGAAGUGGAGGAGGAAGAGAGAAGAUACCAUGAAGAGGAGCGUAAGAUUCUUGAGGAAACUGUGGCUCCUCUGACGCCCAACUCUCCCUUGCCAUCCUCCCCCUGCUUUAAGGAUUCCACUCACGCCCAGAACAACAUCGUACGAGACUGGGAAUGCAAGCAAUUGCAUUCGGAAAAACAGAUGAUGAAAACUUUGGAGAAUAAGAGGCAAAUGGAAAAUGGGAGCAAAGAACCAACAAAGACAAAGGAAGAGUUCUUUCAGUCAUCGGAAAGUCCUCAAAAGCUAGGCUGUGCGCAGUUAUUGAGCCAGCCUAAUAGACAGAGAGGAGGAGGAGCCGGGGGACAGAACAAGAUCCUUGAACACCUGCACACCAGUCAAGAUCCCUCAUGGAGCAGUAGGCAGCAGCAGCAGCCAUCAUCAGAGCCCUGGCAAAAGACCGCUUCACAGGACAGUAACAGAAAUAUCCAGCCAGCACCUGGUAGUCGUAGAAGGUCUGACUCCAUAGAAAAUGCUGGUGCAAAGUCAUCACAGUCCAUCUCACACACAGACACACAACAACCUCCAUCACCAAACAGGUCAGUGAGUGGGAAGAAGCUGUGCUCAAGUUGUGGUCAUCCACUUGGUAAAGGAGCAGCCAUGAUCAUCGAGACACUCAGCCUUUACUUCCACAUCCAGUGCUUUAAGUGUGGGAUCUGUAAGGGACAGCUAGGUGACACCUCAACAGGAACAGAUGUAAGGAUCAGGAAUGGUCUGCUUAAUUGUCAUCAGUGCUACAUCCGCUCUCGUUCUGCUGGUCAGCCCACCAACUUGUGAGUAGGCAUUAUGAUUUGGGGUAACACCCAAUCAAUGCAUCACAGCUUCUAACAAUCAAGUCAUCUGCCUUCAAGUGCUUGGAUUGGUCUUGUAUCUUCACCUUCACAGAUUCCAGUGCAACAUUUCCAAGACAAGGCUAAUUUGCUCUUUUCUAUAUCUCCCAAUAAGUGUGUCAAAAGCCUGGUGCUUUUUUUAUGGUUGAAUUAAACAAUGAUAAAUAAAGUUCUGCAAAUGGCAGGACAGAUGGUUUUAAAGCUAAUACAGAUAAUUCAAUGUUAAAAGAAGGUCACUCUAAAACCAGCACACCUCUGAGAAAAGUGUUUAUGUUAAAAAAAAAAAAAACACAAACCCAAAUGUAUUUGAAUCUUUUACACAUCACUAUGUGACAGUAAGGUGUAUGCUAUUAAAAUCCCUGAGGUUGCAAUGUUUAUCUUGAUUAUGCAGGAUUUCCUUUGUGCAGCAGUCCUGGGUGAAAUACAAAAAGAACACCAACAUUAGCGCACCAUUAUUUUUUUCUUGUUUCGUGUCAGUAAAAAUGAGAAUUUAGGACUGGUUUAUCUAAUCUGAAUCGUGCUCCACCUCUGCUUGAUGCUCCUCCUUCAUCUCCUGUCAUGGUCUUCAUAAUGGCGGGAAGCUGGCCAUAAUCACGGCUGGGAAGCAGACCAUAAUCAUGGCUGCACCUGAUCGAUAGACAUCCAUUUCCCCCUUUGCAUUUCCUGGGCCUAAAGGGGGAAAAAAUGUCCUCAUGUACCAAGUUAAAGGUUUUGGAGUUUGGCCUGAUUAAGUAAAGCUCAUGUAUACCGCCUGCUUUUGUGGUGACAAAAGCAAUUACAUCCAUCUUAAGGUCGUUUUAAGAUGGUUUUGGUUUAUAAGUGAAGGUAAAUGUUAAUGCAUUGAAACAAUGUGCCUUAGAAUGAAUGAUUGCACAAAAAGCAGCUUGAGAUAGCAAAUCCAAAGGCUUUUGUCUUUAGUCAAGAUAAAAUAACUAUUGUUUUCUUUCGGACCAUAGAGGAGAAAAAUUUAAAGCAGGAUUUUUUUGGGGGAAAAAUUCCUUUUCCUGAUAUCUGCAUCUGCCAGUGUGUAUUUUUAAUUUAAGAUCUAAAUCCUGGUUCUGUCAUAAAUAAAGCUACCAAGCUGUACUUUUCCUUGUUGCUGGGGUGUUACCAUCUAGAGUACAGAUUUUCUAUUUUUAAUGUCUACCAUUCUCCUACAAAGUCAUUGUAUAAAUGUCACUAUACAAUGCUUAAUGAAAAUAUAAAAACAAUAAUUUGACCAUAAGGGCAACUUAGCUUUAAAGUGUGUUUAAAAAACACUUUAUACAUCUUUCCAGGUAAAAGAUAACAUAUUAAAGGCAUAUAAAAUACUUUUGAUUUGACUACCCCAGUGACAGAAAAAAGUACAUUUUUGUACCUUCAUCUUUAUUUGUAAGAGUGUACUUUGUAUAUUUAUGGGUGAGCGGUGUAUGCGUAAAUGAAAAACUGCCCGAGGGUGUCAUGUUUCUGCACACAAGCAGCAAUACCAGUGCUUAUGUUUAUUUUAGAAACGGUUUAUAAUCUGCCUAGAAACCACUCCACUAGCCAUGCUUAACACAGCCCAACCAAUAGCGUUUUCCACAAUAUGUAACUGGCAAUAAGUGCAAAACUCUCGAAGGCUUUUGCUUAAAAAAGAAUUUUGAUCACUGGACAUUUAAUACGCUUUCAUUUUAAUUUCUUGUAUAGUCAAUGUUCUAUGCUUUGGGUCUGGUCACGUAGCUAUUAGUCAUAACAGGCAUAUAGACUAUAUACAGUGCGGAUGCAGUUUGAUAUGGUAAGGAUGAAUGACCUACCUUGGAAAUGAUAUUAAAUCUAAGGUAUAUUUAUUGUGAUUUUUCAAUGUACACUAUCCGAAUAUAGAUUACUUUGUUGUUCCAAUGCGAAGGCUUUACAGUACAUCCUAUGUUUAUAAAUAAACUUUCUGAAAAAGAUUCUGAUUCUGGGUCAGUU